AUGGCCCCAUCAGUGUCGGGCGAUGCCAAACCUUCAUCGUCGUCUCAGUCUUCAACCAAGCCAUCUUCACCAUCGUCCACGGCCGUCAACAACAACAAGACCACCAAGAAUCCGUCGCCGUUCAGGUAAGGUAGAGUUGGAUUGGCUAAACUAGACUGGGUUAAACUGGGCUAGACUGAGUUAAACGGAGCUGAGCUGGAUUUGGUUUAUCUUGACUGGGUUUGGCAUGGCUGGAUUUAGCUAAGCUUGGCUGGUAUUUGCUGGGCUAGACUGGGCGUGACUGGGCUUGGCAUGACUGGGCUUUUCUGGGCUUGGCUGGGCUUGGCUGAGCUUAGAUGGGCUUUUCUGGGCUAGAUUACGCAUGAAUGGGCUGGGCUUGGCUGAGCUUGGCUUUGCUGGGCUUGGCUGGGCUUAGCUGGGCUUAGCUUGGCUGGGUUUGGCUGAGCUUGUCUGGACUUGGCUGAGCUUAGCUGGGUUUGGCUGGGCAUAGCUGAGCUUAGCUGGGCUGGGCUUGGCUGAGCUUGUUUGGGCUUUUUUGGGCCUGUCUAGGCUCGGCUGAGUUUGCCUGGGCUUAGUUAGGCUGGGCUCAGCUGGGCUGGGUUGGGCUUGGCUAAGCGGUCUGAGCUUAACUCGGCUGGGUUUGUCUUGGCUGGCUAGAUAAACUUAAUUUUGUCAUUUUCAGUUCACCCCACCUCCCCAAACAUGUCAUCACCUCACCAGUCAUAGCGGCCGCGGUAGUUCAGUCCAACGUGCUCAGUGCUUCACAUCCGAACGGACCGCCGGCUAAUGUAGCUGCAACGAAUGCAGCUGUAGCUUCGGCUACCGCACCAAAGAAGGCUUCUGAAGCUACGAGUAGUCCACCGCCAGCUCCUGUACCUACAACGGCUGCUGUGCUCACGUCGACGCCUGGAACAAACUUGGACGGAACGUUGAAGAAUUUUAGGUAACAAUUCACUGAUUUUUAAGUAUUUUAGGUAACAAUUUUCACUUUUGACCUUACUUUAGGUCAAUUUACGCCCGUGAAAUUCGAGAACAGUACUUCCAAUUAGUGCACCGUGAAUCCGUAUCAUUUGCUGAGCACUUUGUAGCCGGUGGUAUUGGAGGUUGCUUAAUGGUAUUGACUGGACACCCAUUUGAUACUGUUAAAGUACGACUACAAAGCAUGCCCACCCCGGCCAAAGGACAGACACAACUAUAUACGGGCAUGAUAGACUGUGUGAAGAAGACUUACAAGGCAGAGGGGUUUACUGUAAGUUGUAGGAGAGGAUACUGUAGGUAGGGUGGGUAGGGUAAAGAGUUGUUGUUGGAAUGGUAGAUAGGGGUACUGUAGGUAAGUUAAAUGUUUUGAAAAAGUAUUGUUAUUACCCUACCCUACCCUACCCUACCCUACCCUACCCUACCCUACCCUACCCUACCCUACCCUACCCUACCCUACCCUACCCUACCCUACCCUACCCUACCCUACCCUACCCUACCCUACCCUACCCUACCCUACCCUACCCUACCCUACCCUACCCUACCCUACCCUACCCUACUCUACCCUACCCUACCCUACUCUACCCUACCCUACCCUACUCUACCCUACCCUACCCUACUCUACCCUACCCUACCCUACUCUACCCUACCCUACCCUACCCUACCCUACCCUACCCUACCCUACCCUACCCUACCCUACCCUAUCCUACCCUACCCUACUCUACAUUUUCUUAGAUUUUCUUACACUAUCCUACUGUAGUAUGUACAAGCAGUAAUACAUGCUUGAUAUGCUUUAUACAAAGUUUAAUAUACCGUAUUUUAGGGAUUUUUCCGAGGCAUGGGCGCGCCGAUUGUUGGUAUAACACCGCUCAACUCGAUAUUUUUUGGAUUGAACGCGGUUUGCUGCGAGCUUCAACAAUCGUAUUUUAGGACACCAAAUUUAACGUUAUGGCAGGUAUGUGCACUUUAAAUUUCAUGCUUUUUUUCAAAUUUUUGGGCUUUGAAAUCAACCAAUAACGGAAUGUCAAAGUUAUAAAAAUCGAUGCCGAAGUGUCACAAAUCAAUUUUAGUGAAAAAAAUUGGCUGCUAUUAAUUUUAUAAAAAAAUAUCAAACUUUGAAAAGCUUAUGCAAAAAUGUAAAAAUUUUGGAAAAUCCAAUAACGGAACGUAAAAAUUUCAAAAACCGAUGACGGAAUGUCACAAACCAAUUUAUAUAAAAAGGUGUCGUAUGUAUAUCAAUAGCAUGACCAAAUAUCAAACUUUGACAGCCUUAUAACGAAAUGUCAAAAGUUGAAAAAAUCCAAUAACGAAAUGUUAAAAUUUCAAAAACCGAUGACGAAGUGUCACAAGUUUGUUUUUAUAAAAGAAUAAUGUAUGAAUAUCAAUUUCAUGACGAAAAAUCAAACUUUGAAAGUCUUAUCACGGAAUGACAAAAAAUUUAAAAAUCCAAUAACAAAAUGUAAAAAUUUUAAGAUUGAAAAAAAUUUUAAAAUGUGAUAAAAAUAUUUAAAUUUUUAUCAAUUUUUUUCAGAUUUUCAAUGCAGGAGCCUUCUCAGCAGCCGUGAUGUGCCUAUUUACAGCUCCCAUCGAACGGGUCAAGUGUCUUCUUCAAGUCCAAAGCAGUAUGGGCAUUACCAAGUACAAGGGGCCGAUGGACGUGGUACGAAAACUGUAUAAAGAGCAUGGAAUUGGAGCUGUUUACCGCGGGUUUUUGAUCACUUCGGCAAGAGGUCAGGGUUGAAAUUUAAUUUUUUUUAAAUUUAAUUUUUUUUUUAAUUUUAAAGUUUUUUGAAAAAUGCCAUUUUUAAUGAGAUAAACUCCAUUUUUUUGCAGAUAUUCCGUCAUAUGGUACGAAAAUGCUGGUCUAUGAGUAUAUAAAACGAAAAAUGGUGGAUCCGACCAAAAACGAGCGCAUCUCACCGUGGGCAACCUUGAUGGCCGGAGGCAUCGCUGGAAUCUUUUUUUGGCUGGUAAGUCUGCUAUAAAUGUUUUAAAAUUUAAAAUUUGAUGACAAUAUUAAAAAGAAAAGUUAGGGAUAUGGUAUAGUACGGUAGGGUUAUAAAAGUUAAGGAUAGGGUAGAGUAGGGUAGGGUAGGUUAAAGUAGAGUAGGGUAGUUUUAAUUCAAUUUAAAAUUCAAAAUCCAUUUCAAUUCAACUUCAGGUAUGUAUUCCCCAAGACACACUCAAAUCGUAUCUCCAAUCAGCACGAGAAGGUCAUUUCCCCCGAGGCACGCGGGACGUUUGGUGUGUUUUGAUGAAGGAGGAGGGCCUGAAAGGCCUGUUCCGAGGCAUAGCACCACUAAUGGCUAGGGCAUUCCCAGCCAACGCCGCUUGCUUCCUGGGCGUAGAGCUGACCAUGCUAGCCUUUGACACCUUCUCCGGCCCGCUAAAACCCGUAAUGGACUGGCCUAGCUUCGUGGUCGAGGACCAGGACAUGACUUCGCUGAAACGAAAAGAUAAAAGCAAAAAGACGGAGAAGAGCUAG